CGUUGCGCAAGAGACUGAGAACGACCGAUGACUCCUGUUUAUAGUUGCUUGGCUCUAUGAAACAAAACUCUCGUGCUAGUUGUCACGUAUGCGCUUGCUCAGCAAACAGUACCUGAGAUGAUAUUCCUCCUCUUUUGGCUACUUCUUCCAGCUAUCCUGUUUGCCCCGGAAGCUCCACCUUCUCUCAUUGCUACGGGCCACUCGAAUCCCCAGCCGAAGAGGGUGAAAUGCUUCUACUUCAAGACGCGGCCGCUGCGCACCUACUGCCACGUUCUUGGCCUGACGGGUAUCAUCACGGCACAAGUGGCCGAGGAAGAGUGUCGUGCCAUAUCCAUGGACAUUAUCAGCAUGAAUACCACGCCCAUGCAUCGACUCUGCACUCUGAUGAAGCACUUCGGUCUCGAGGAGCACAAACUCUGGCUUGCUGACGUAUUGGAUCGAUCUGACACUCUUACAUGGGAUGAGUGCAACAUUGAAGUGCUGGCCGCAAAUGUAACAAAGGCGCCUUCGAAUUGCACCAUCUGCAAUAUCGCAGUCGUUUGCGACGCGGGGUUCUACCACUCGAAUGGAUCGAAUUGCAUUGUCAUGGAACACAACAAUGAAGACGUCGAAUAUUGCUAUCACGAUGAUAAGGCCAGCGCAGCCGAGAGUCGCCAGAACUGCCUAGACCAGCCAUCGCCGUCGUCGAUGCUAUGGAAGGACGACUGCUGA